UUCAUAUACGUGUGUGAUAUCGGUGCUAAGCUGGGCAGCAUCGUCUUCAUCAUCACAGUACAAAUGAAGAAGUAUGGCUGCACACUACAAAUAUGUCCCCAUGUUUUAACCAGAGCCAUGGUUGAGACAUUUCCACGCGAACAGAGCACUUUUUUACCAUGAGAAUUUACAGCAAGAUCGUGGCGAUCGUGGUAUGCUUUGGAGUUUUCCUACUUUUGUACUUUUUCGGGGGGAACGCUGCGGACGAGCCGCCGCUUAAAGAAGUUGCGAAAGAAAAACAUUUUCCAUCCUUCAAUCAUGUCGCGGAUUUUCCACCGGCGAAAGAAUCGAAACAAAACCCAGAAAAGCCGCAAAAACCACCGAGGCUAAUCCGCAAAGAGCCGAAGUUGAGCAGCAGAGGAGGAGGGAAUGUCAUCGCAAAGACUCGGCAGAAGAGUGAGGUGGGGCACCCUGUGUCAAAGGUCACACGAGCAGAGGAUGUCAUGCACCUGGCAGUGGUGGCUUGUGGGAACCGUCUAGAUGAAACGCUCAACAUGGUGAAGUCAGCACUGCUCUUCAGCAUAAAGAAGAUCAAAUUUCACAUCUUUGCAGAGGAGGACCUUGCCGAACAAUUUGAAAAAGGGUUCAGUGUGUGGCCUCAGACGGUGUCCUCCAGGUUUCACUACAGCAUAUAUCCAAUCACCUUCUCUGUGGGGAAUGCAGAUGAAUGGAAGAAACUCUUCAAGCCAUGUGCUGCCCAGAGGCUGUUUCUUCCUGUGAUCCUAAAGGACGUGGACUCGCUGUUGUACGUGGACACAGAUGUUCUGUUUCUCCGCCCUAUGGAUGACAUCUGGAAGUUUCUGAAGGCUUUCAACAGCACUCAGCUAGCUGCCAUGGCCCCAGAGCACGAGAUCCCCAAGAUCGGCUGGUAUAGCCGCUUCGCAAGGCACCCCUUUUAUGGAGUCACAGGGGUCAAUUCAGGGGUCAUGCUAAUGAACCUCACACGGAUUCGUAGCACUCUGUUCAGGAACAGCAUGAUCGCCAGCGGUCUGUCGUGGGAAAAUCUGCUACACCCUCUCUAUCAGAAAUACAAGAACCACAUCACAUGGGGAGACCAAGACCUCCUCAACAUCAUCUUCCACUACAAUCCAGAGUGUCUGUACAUAUUUCCAUGCCAGUGGAACUACAGGCCAGAUCACUGCAUGUAUGGAAGCAAUUGCAAAGCUGGUGAAGAGGAGGGAGUGUCUAUUCUUCAUGGUAACCGUGGAGUGUACCAUGACGACAAGCAGCCCGCAUUUAGAGUGGUUUACGAUGCCAUACGUGAGUAUCCCUUUGAGGAGAACAUGUUCCAGUCUUUGUUUUACCCUCUUCAGACUAAGUUCCUAGACACAGUUAACACCCUUUGUGGAAGAAUACCACAGGUGUUCCUCAAACAGAUCGAGAAGACCAUGAAGGCUGUUUAUGAGAAAAAAGUGGUGCGCCAUGUCCGACUGCCACAUGAGAAAUGAGCCUCAGUUGCAUUUCAACAUCAUAAGGAAGAGUCUCUGCCUGCUUCUUGGAUCAGAGUGGGGUUUUUUUGUUUUCAUUGAAGACAAGCAAUGCCAGAAGCAAGCUACAUUUGGUCCAUUACGCCCAGUAUGAGCUUCAUGAGCCAGCGGAGUUGGAGAUUUAAGCAGGAACGAGAAGCAGUUUUGGUCUGCUGGAGGGAGACAGAGAAGUCUCCAAAUGCAU